AUGGCUUCGCAGAUAAAGGUCCGCUUCUUCACGAGAGACGAGGACGAGUCGCUCCACUGUCCGGGCAACCCGGUGUUUGUGCCGAUCUCGCUCAAACGGUACGGUCUGUCGGAGAUCGUGAACCACCUGGUCGGGCUGGAGCAGCCGGUGCCGUUUGACUUCCUGAUCGACGGCACUCUGCUCAAAGGUAGCGUCGAGGACUACCUGGUGGCCAAUGGGCUGUCGAGCGAGCAUUUCCUGGACAUUGAGUAUACGCGCGCCGUGCUGCCGCCGCAAUUUCUCGCCAGCUUCAACAACGACGACUGGGUCUCUGCGAUCGACUCUGUCGGGUCCAUGAGUCUUGCUGGCCCCGAAGGGGAGGUGCGCACCGCGCCAAAAAUCCUCACGGGCUCGUACGACGGCGUUGUGCGGAUCUACAACGCCUCCGGCAAGGUCGAGACCCAGCUGGUGGGCCACCAGGCCGCCGUCAAGGCCGUCAAGUUCAUCAGUCCGUCGCGGUUCGUUUCCGCCGGCAUGGACCGCUCGCUGCGGCUGUGGAAGGCCGGCGUCGUCGGCGACGAGGACCUCGACAAGGACACCCAGAACGGGCGCACCAGCGCCAUUCUGGAGUACCACAACGACGUGGUAGCAGCGCUGGCCGUGCGCAACACGCGCAUUCUGUCGGCGUCGUACGACCGCAGCCUGGCUCUGUGGUCGACGAACGCCAAGGAGAUGCAAACGACCCAGCCGAUGGAGCAGGGCGCACAGAACAGCCUGUCGUCGGCGUCGCGCAAACGUCUCAAGCUCGCGGUCGGCGACGCGUCGAUCCGACGCAAGGCUCCACUCGCGAUCUUGGACGCACACCAGGGCCCCGUCGAGGCCGUCUGUUUCGACAAGGACGACUCCGUCGCGUACUCGGCGUCGCAGGACCACACAGUGAGAACAUGGGACCUCGUCACGGCGCGCUGCGUCGACACCAGACACACCAACUUUGCGCUGCUCAGCCUGGUGGCUCUGCCCCGUGUCGGGCUGCUGGCCACGGGCUCCGCCGCCAGACACAUCAACCUCCACGACCCGCGCGCAGAGAAGGUCACCAGCACCCAGCUGGUGGGCCACAAGAACUUUGUUGUGUCGCUGGCCACCACAGACAACGAGUACACUCUGGUGUCCGGGUCGCACGACGGCACCGCCAAGAUCUGGGACAUCCGCGCCAACAAGAGCAUCUACACCAUCGACAGAGAGAGCGGCGAGCAUGCCAAGGUGCUGGCCGUCGACUGGAACGCGGAAAUCGGCCUGCUUUCGGGCGGAACCGACAAGAAGCUGCAGAUCAACGAGCUCAAGUCCGACAAGCUGCGUAACUAG